AUGGAGGUUGAACUCGCUGAUGUCUCCUUCACAGCAAAUGAAUGGGAUGUCAAACGCGCAAUCGGAAAGGUUCUUCACAGCGAUAAUUUUUUCAACCCCACAGACCCUAAGGACCGUCCAGCUAAUUUCAAAAUUACCCUGAAUCCGGGCCAUGGAGGCGUGCAAAAUAAUGGAACGGGAACUAUGACGUUGGGUUCUCGCAAGAUUGGCGACAAAUUUCUACGUUGGUUGCGUGGUGACGGUAAUUCGGUACUUCUCCAUGAUCGCAAGAUACGCUUUUUCCGAGGUAAACAUAAACCGCCGCUCGCUUUAACACAAAUACUAGACAAAGCACCGUAUCUUGAUCCGGAAAUUGAGGAAGAAAGAGAAGACAAGCUACGCAAGUUGGAGGUCAGCUUUCAUAUCGACAAGAUCCAAUUUGGGGUUUUCUACCGUCGUGAGGGAAGUCAGCGAGGGGUCUCGCGAGAGUUCUCCAAUGAGUAUGAGAUUAGCCACGUCAGACAGGGGGCAGGCAUCUUGUGGUUUGAGUACGACCAUAAGUUGAUUCGUAUCCAGAUGGGGAAUACGAUGACAGAAGAGAUUGCUCAUAAUAUUGCUGUAACAUUUGCGAACAUACGGAGAAUGGCUAUUGGGCUUGAUUUCGGGAACCCGUUCAUCUGUUUUGACCUACUAACACCGCCGAUGUUAGAGCGCCAGCGGAUCAACAGAGAACUGACGGGAAAAGACUGGAGUGACAUGCGCAAGUUCCGUCAAAGGCUUAGUAGCCUCAAUGAAGCUCAUGCUGUUGUGGCUCCCUACGCCCAUCAGAUGCGCAUAAUCCUUCACGAGGAGCGGGAUAUUCGCCACUUUGCGGACCUCUGCAAAGUGGCGGGUGUUCAGCCUCCUGUUUGGGCUAAUGUAGAGUCCUUCAACCGUGGGUUCUUUACGCGGAAGAAACUUAGUACCUUCCGUACAUGGGUACGUUCAUUUGACUGGUCUGUUGCAUUUCAGCUUGAGGCGCUCCUCCACAAUGCUCUCCUCACUACGGAGGAUCUCUUGACAACGUUGUACAAACCGAUCAAUGACGUGUACGAGAACUAUCGUCAAGUCGCUGGCGAGAUACUGCGGUAUUUCACUGAAGCACUACGCUCCAGGGACCCUCAGGAGAGCCCUUUGGAUUGUUUCAAGCGCGUACAGCUACGCGGCAUGGAGCCUCCUAUCCCACUCCCUCCUGGACAUUUCCUCUGUCAUCAUGUCACUUACACACCGACACGGAUGAUCCUUGAAGGACCGUAUGUGAGCCAGUCCAACCGCGUCAUUCGCCGAUAUCCAGACCAUCAGGAUCAUUUCCUGCGUGUGGACUUCAGGGAUGAGGAUCGACUUCAAUACCGCUGGGCUCGCGAGGUCGAUGGAAGCUCUCUAUUAUUUGAUCGAGUUGGUGGAGUUUUAAGGAGCGGAUUCGAGCUUGCCGGCCGUUACUUCGAAUUUCUUGCUUACUCUCAGUCAGCCCUACGCGAGCAUGCUGUAUGGUUUAUCAACCCGUUUUAUCAUCCUGAAGAAGGUCACAUCACGGCGCAGACGAUCCGAGACUCCUUAGGCGAUUUCUCUGGGGUUAUCAGGCAACCAUCGAAGUAUGCCGCGCGACUGGCGCAGGCCUUUACAGCAACGGAUCCCUCUGUCAGAAUUACUCGAGGUCAAUGGGAAGAGAUGCCGGACCUGGGCGAGAAGCCGUACGAAUUUACGGAUGGCGUGGGCACUAUUUCUACAGAACUGGGUAAUCUAAUCUGGGAUGCCUUGUGUGCAUCUCGCCCUGAAAAUCGACGGCGAGGCCUCAAACCAUCCGCAUAUCAAAUUCGUUUUUUAGGCUACAAAGGAAUGGUUGUCAUAGACGAACAGCUGCAAGGCAUCAAGAUGCAUCUCAGGCCGUCGAUGAACAAGUUCAGGGCGCAUGAUGACGACCUCGCAGAGAUUGAGAUAGCGCGAGCGUUCGAGCGUCCUGGUACUUCGUACCUCAAUCGCCCCCUCAUCAUGAUUCUGGAAGAUCGCGGUGUCGACAAAAAAGCAUUUAUUAACCUCCAGGAACGCGCAAAAACUGACAUAUAUACAGCUAGUGAUUCGAUAACUAAGUCUGUGUCCAUGCUAAAGGCACACACGCUGGGCAAGAGUUACGGGCUUGACUUCAUUCUUCAGUCCCUUCAGAAUAUCGGUAUGGGCUUUAAGCAUGAAAAGUCUAUUCACGUACUCCAGGAUCCAUUUAUCGAACGUCUCAUACACUAUUCCAAGAAUCACGUUUUACGUGACAUCAAGCACGGCGCACGCAUCCCUAUUCCAGACAGCUACCUUUUGGUGGGUGUUGCAGAUGAAGGUCCAGCCUACGUGCAUGCUGGUAUGGAGAAUGUCUUUUGCCUCAAGAAGGGUGAAAUAUUCGCUUGUGUUCAAAACGCGGAUGAUCCGGAGCCGACGUAUCUCAAAGGGUCUGUUGUGAUAUCGAGAAGCCCAGUUGUCCAUCCUGGAGAUGUCCAGCGAGUUUGGGCUAUUGGGUCGCCACCGCCGGACAAAGUGUGCUUCUUCCGCAAUUUGAAGAACGUGGUCGUACUUCCUUCUGCAGGUGGUCGGUCUUUGGCAUCUUGCCUUGGAGGAGGUGAUUUGGACGGGGAUCUAUAUUCUAUUAUAAAGCAUGGACCGCUGCUUCCCACGGAGCACGAAGAUCCGGCAUCUUAUUUAUCGGCAGGAACGCGUACCCUUGAUCGAGACAGUACAAUCGCAGAUAUUUGUGAUUUCGUAGUGGAAUAUCUCAAUUCGGAUGUCCUAGGCUUACUCUCCGAUCGGCAUCUCAUUAUAGCAGAUCAAUCUAAGCACGGAACCAACGAUACGAAAUGUUUGAGCCUCGCCGAACUCUGCAGCCAAGCCGUCGAUUACCCGAAGAAUGGUAUUCCUGUAGACAUCCAUGAUUCGCCCCACUGGUUGAUUCCUUACAAACCUGACUGGCAUCAGGCAGAAGACGCCGCACCUCGUCACACUGAUUACUAUGAAUCUCAUCGUGCAUUAGGCGACUUGUUUCGUAAUAUCGCAAUCGUGGACCCAUCACUCGUAUCCCCUGCGGAAUUCAUGAAUGGGACGGCCUCCAAACCAAAGCCUUUGUCGGACCCGAUAUCGAAAGCGCUUAGACACUACAUUCAGGAUCAACUGCAUUACUUUUUCAAUCAGGAUGAACACGUUGCAGAGAUGACCAAGCUCUUCCAGAGAUACACCGAUGAGUUGCGGUAUAUCUGUAUAACCCAUGCGCUCUCAGAUGCAUCCGAUGUGCGCCUAGUAGAAGAGGAGGUCGUAGUGGGUACAAUUCUUGCAAAGUGCACCCAGACGCGAUGGAGGACAGACCGCACCUAUCGCAUGCGGCUUCAUUCUGCGACGUUGGCACGCCAUAUUGUGUCGUCGCCAGAUCCUGUUCGCAAUAUUGAUCCCUCAAACCCAUCAUCACAUUUGUCUAAGAUUCUCAUUCCAAGGUCGCCCGACACAGAGAACAAUACGAUCGUGAAAGACUACAUUGUAUCGACGCUCAAGAGUCUUAACUGGCAUGUCGAAGAGGACGCAUUCACAGACGACACUCCUUACGGAACGAAACGUUUUACGAACGUCAUCGCAACCAAAGAUCCGUCUGCUCCUCGAAGAGUUAUUCUAUCUGCUCAUUACGAUAGCAAGUUCUUUCCCACUUACCCCCACAACCAGUUUGUAGGUGCGACAGACUCUGCAGCACCAUGUGCAUUCAUGCUCGACCUCGCAGAAGCCCUUAAUCCGCUACUUGAUAAGCGACAGCAGCAAUUAGAGAAUGGGGAAGAGGACGACGACGACGUAGCCGAAACCACCCUGCAGCUUGUGUUCUUCGAUGGCGAGGAGGCGUUCAAAGUCUGGACCGCUAAGGACUCCGUUUAUGGUGCAAGACAUCUUGCGAAGAAGUGGUUCACGUCUUACAUCGCCCCCCAUACCAAGCGGAGGCUUCUGCCUGGAUCGAUGACCGAACUUUCAACGGUGGAACAUCUUAUCCUCCUUGACCUCCUGGGCGCGCCAAACCCGCGAAUACAUUCAUCGUUCCUCGACACUGCGUGGCUCUUCGAUGCAAUGGCGUCAGCCGAACACCGGCUCGGAGAGAGUGGUGCAUUCGUCUAUAACAACGACCAGAGUCAAGCAGCGGGGAAAUGGAAGAGCUUUUUCGUCCCGCGCGGUAACUUGUUCAACCAAGGCGGAAUCGAGGACGACCAUGUCCCUUUCUUGCAUCUCGGCGUAAGCGUGUUGCACGUCAUCUCAAGCCCGUUCCCCUCAGUUUGGCAUACAUUAAAGGAUGAUGCUACUGCUCUGGAUAUCCCUACGAUGCGUCGUUGGAAUCUCAUCUUACGUAUUUUCAUGAGCGAAUAUCUUGGGCUCCAUCCAGAAACUUCCUUGGUGCGAUCAUCUCGUGAGGGCGAGGCUCAGGAUAUGUGGCGGCCUGUCGAUGAACUUGUGAGGUCAUAUCGCUAUGCUUUUGAUAUCAAUCCUUGA